AUGCUGCUGGACGUGAACGACAGUCAAGCAGGUGCGAGCUUCAACUGGAUCCUUGACAGCGGCGCCAGCCGCCAUAUCGCGAGUGACGAUCGUUUAAUCAUCGAAAGCAAGCAGUACAACGAUGAGAUCUAUCUUGCUGACAACAAGAUGCUCGUGCUCACGAAGGCCGGAAGGGUGCGUCUGUUUGUGACAUCGCGCGGCGAGCAGCGUCAGAUCGAGCUUUCGGACGUUUACUACGCACCAAGUCUUGCGCACAACCUCAUCAGCUACGGAAAUUUCGAGCAUCUUGGGUACCCACUCACUUACACUGAAGAUGGGCGUGAAUCCGCGAUCAAGACAGCAGACGUGAUCCUUUCUGCUCUUGAGGAGGAGGCGACGGCAGAUGUGUCGCCUGAUGUGCAAGAAUCGACACUCGUGAAAUUCCAGUAG